AUGGAGGGUGCCUAUUGGGAUCCAAUAUGCCCCCUCCAUGCGUCAACCGGUGGACUUGAACCUAACGUCGUUAGCUACAGUUCUGCGAUCACCGCCUACGACAGAGCAGAGAAGUGGUGGGCAGCCCAUCACGUUCUGGUGACAUUUCCCAUGGCCAACGUUCGUGCCAAUGUCGUUAGCUUCAACGCGGGCCUCAGUGCCUUCGAGGUGGGUGCGGAGUGGCAAAAGGCUCUGCUACUUCUACAUCAGAUGCCUAGUGUGCGCCUGGGUAUGGAUGCUCGCUCGCAAUCUGGGAGACUUCUUGAUUUCUCCGGUGGUGUCAUGGACGUGAUAAGCAUCGGCUCGGCUAUCAACGCAUGUGACUCGGGCGAGUGCUGGGAAAUGGCUACUCAGUUGCUUGCAGGCAUGGGCCAGGCUCAUCUGAUCAGCUAUAAUUCCACCAUCAGCUCCUGUGGGAAAGGAGGACAAUGGGAGCAGGCGCUGGAGCUGUUGUCCCGCCUGCAAGCGGCUAGGCUUGCCGAUGUGGUGGGUUUCAAUGCCACCAUCAGCUACAACUCUGCCAUCAGCGCCCUGGAGCGAGGAUCACAGCACCACUUGGCCUUAGAGAUUCUCACGCAGAUGCCUUCGGCAAGUGUCCUUCCAGACGUUAUCAGUUACAAUGCCACGAUCGAUGCCUGCGCAGGCCUGUCCUUUCCAGGGGACAUGUACAGAUUGACAGCUCCAUCAGGGCACCUUUUUAACGGUCUGUCUAUUGAAGACUCUAUUGUCCAAUAA